AUGCCCCCACUGCCCUCCAUGCCUCUUCUACACCUGCUUGUCGCCCCCCUUCCCACACCAGAAGCUGAGGCGCCGGACGACAGGAGUGCCAUGGCCGAGAACCGAUUGACAAGGAACGACAUGGAAUGGCUCGAGAGCCGUUUCUGGAGCGACGACGUCCAGAGAUUGCUGCAAAACUCACCCCUCGCGCGGCUCAAGUAUGUCGUUCACGGCGACCCCUACUUCGACGACGGCCCAUCCCCGGUGGAAAUCGGCAAAUUCCAAGCUGCCUCGUACGUCUUGGUCAAAGCGUACCGAAAUGAGAAUGUGUACGAACUCCCUGCGGCCGUCUCAGAUGAGCGAGGCUGGUUUCUCUUCCAUACCUUCCUUUAUACCUACGACCCCUGGCGGAUGGUCGGACUCACCAGGGUGGAGGACGAGGUUACUUUGGAGGAAUACAAAUGGCUUCGUCAAGCUGCCAAGGACCCGAUCGUGAAGUCCUCGUUACGCAUGCCGCAGCGGCCUCGCUACGACUAUCGGGAAUGCGUCACCUGCGACCUUCAUGCGCAAAUUUUGGCUGCAAGCCUCAACACGUCGCUCCAGUCGUUGGACCCCACAGAAGCGCUGUCGCAUUUGAUGGUGUCCUGGUACUGCGAAGAGCAUGCUGUUUCCGUCCCCGAUCGCAUUCUCGACGUCAAGCUGUGGUAUUUCAAGCGACGCAUGGUAUCAUUUUCGAAGCGUACCUUGGCUGGAAAUACGGGCGGCCUCCACCCUGCCAACUCCGAUAGCGAACUCUCCAUUUCGUGCCACGUUCCUUUCACGAUGAUCUCCCCUCGCCGCGAGGACCUGGCGUGGCUCCGCGCCGCAAUUCAGCGGCCCGACAUCCAGAGCCUUCGAAACCGGCCGCGCUCAAGGUUCUCUCUCCUGCUCUAUGCUAUCAACGACGCCGAAACCACCGAGAUCAUGCGCGCUCCCGUCAUCCGCAAGAUAGGAUCCUUGGCGGCCUCGGCCCGCUCGCUUAUGAGGGCAUAUCUCGAGGAAGGAGUCGAUGAUCGUCUCCAAGACGCGCCCCUCGAUGACGGCCUUCUGCAGGCUCGCUUACAAGUCGGUCUUGUUUUUUGUUUUGAUGCUUUCGAUUUCUGA